AUGCUGGCUCUGUGGGUUUAUGCGAUUGCGUUCCUUCGACUUGCUGUGUGCAUUCUCAUUUCUCCGUCCACGCUGUCGGCGAACGCCCUGAGCUUAGAGGAGCGGGAUGUGGUUCUGCCUGGAAUUCCAACACCAAUGGUUCAAAAGAAGGAUGCUGAAAGUAGUACUACAGCUCGUUCUACUUCUUUUGCUACAACGAAGGGUGUGUACUCUACUACCGAAACUGGCUGGAUCAUUGUUACCGAAAUCACUUGGUUCGAAGAAGGAACAUUAGGAAACGUUGAACAUUUCUUUCCCCUUUCAAUCAGCGAGUAUCGUCCUACGAGUACGUACGAUGUGUCAUCGGGAUCCAUUGGUUAUGCUACCACCACCCCGACCUUGCGUCAACUCGCUGAAAGUGCUGUGACAAGCGCCUCUUCCAGCAUCAACUCUGCCAAAUCGGUUCUGGUCUUCGCAGCCGUCGUUGUUUCUCUCGUUUCCUUCAUCGUUUUGUAA